UUGUAAGUAAGAAAGAAGGCAGGCAGGUGGGGGCCUGGCAAUGUCCCACUCCUCCUAAAAAAAACAGGGCAGGGGUGCCAACUUGAAUAAAAUACUGUGGGGAGCAGAUAAGCCCUGACCCACAUAAUCACAAGAUACACACACAUCAUUUGAAUGGCAAUUCCCAUUAACUUUUGGGCAGCUGGCCUCCUCAAAUAUUUUAUUGGAGGGUCCCUAGGACUUGGCUGCUAUGAACCAAGGUGAGCCUCGCUUCCUUUCCUUUUACUAACAGCAUACCAUGAGUAAAAAAUAAACAAGGGGGUGAGUAUAACAAUCCCCAAAAAAAGUUCAAUGAGAACUGAAUGUGCUUGGCAGCCUCAGAAUGUGGGAAAACAUUUGCAUGGGUGGGACAGAAUGCUGAUGGGCAGCACAGAGAAUGGACUGGCGUAUCCUGCAAAAGGGUGUUGCUGGCUGGCAUCGUGUACCAGAGGACUUAACCCUGAAGAUCCCAGUAGCAUUUCUUCCUCUUUUUCCACAGUGUUUUUUAAUUCAACCCAUUAUAUUACUAUACUAACAUAAAAAAAUUAAAAGGAGUGGGGGGUGGGGAAUAAACCUUGUCCAGUUGCUGAUGUGAUAUUGUUGUCUCUACUGGUGUAGAGGGGAGAAAUUGGGGUGCAGAAGCUGGAGCUAGCUUAUAGGUGAGUCCCACUAUAUAUAGUCACCACUAUAUAUAUAGAAAAUGGUCAGCUAUCAGAUUGUGGCCCCUUUGUCCAAGUAGAGAAAUUGUCCUUUGUAGUUGCCAGCCACACAGGGACCCAAACAUUAUCACAUUCCCCAUUUUCUGGGUUUUUGGGUCAUCGUAGGAAGAUAACCUAAUGUCCAUCCUUCUCCUCCCACUAGGAAGAGCUGCCAUCAGGCAAAGGGUAGCAAUUCCCACCCCUCAUUCCUACCCCUAGGUGACACCAUUAGUUUAUUGGGCUCCGUCUGGUAUGCCUUUGCCAAUAUCUCUAUGAUUUCUUCUUCUUAGUCUUCAUGGCCUCCCAGCCAAAUCUUUCACACCUUCUGCCCGCUGCCCGUUUGCGUCAACUGGCCUGUGACUGGCUGCGGGAAGAUGCUCCUGCCUUUGACUACGGUGGCUAUGCUGUCGGUGACCGUCAGGAAUGUGCUGUGCUCUUCUGCAAGUCCCCAGGAGUCUUAGCCGGCUUCCCUUUCUUUGAGGCCGUCUUUGCUGAAGUUGGCUGCUCUGUAGAGUGGCUCCAGUCAGAGGGAGCAUGGGCAGAACCAAUCAGCCGGGUGGCGGAAGUGCGUGGGCCAGCCAAAGAUAUAUUGCUGGGCGAGCGGGUGGCUCUGAACUGUAUCGGGCGAUGCAGUGGUAUUGCUACGUCAGCAGCAAAGGCGUGUCAAGCAGCGCGGGAAUCUGGCUGGCACGGAGAGGUGGCUGGGACGAGGAAGACCACGCCAGGCUUCCGCCUGCCUGAGAAGCAUGCUCUCCUGGUGGGAGGGGCUUCUUGCCACCGCUACGACCUGGGGAGCCUCAUCAUGUUGAAAGACAACCAUGUGUGGGCAUCAGGUGGCAUCACACAGGCUAUCCGGAGUGCCCGGCGUGUCGGAGGCUUCGCCCUGAAGGUGGAGGUUGAGUGCCGUUCACUGGAAGAGGCUCUCGAGGCAGGAGAAUGUGGUGCAGAUAUUAUCAUGUUGGAUAACUUUGCUCCGCAGGACCUGCACCCCACAGCCAGUACGGUGAAGGCCUCUUUCCCCUGUGCAACAGUGGAAGCCAGCGGGGGGAUCACUGAGGAUAACGUGGCCCAGUUUGUGGGGCCCAACAUUGACGUGGUCUCCCUCGGUUGCCUCACCCAGUCAGCGAGAGCUGUGGAUUUCUCUCUCAAGAUCUGCCGGGAUCCAGCCUCCAAGCCGCCACUGCGGAAUUUUGUCUUCUGAGUCCUAGGAUGGGGGGAGCCAGACCAGAUGCAUCGCCAGGUGGCGGAAGGUUUGAUGUUGGUGGGGAUGUGGUAGAGGGUGGGUAGCACCAAUUUGUGUACAAAGUUUGUGCCAUGUCUGCACUUUUGGAAGGUCCAAAAUUACAGGGACAGGGUGCUUUGUUCCAGUGUGUCAAGCACAGUGGCUGCAUCUGCUCUUGCAGAAGGAUCCCAAGAGGUGAUCUCUAGGGGUUCUGCUGUGACACUCCCUAAAAAAACAAUGGGUGGGGAUCUUUUCCUGUUGUGUUUGCUCAGCUCCUGCUGCAGGCCGUUUUGGUAAGCUAGCCGAGUAAAAACUCAUCUUUUUUUUUAAAGCCAGGGUGUGGAAGCCUGAGGCCUUCCAGGUGGCGCUGGGACUCCAACUCCCAUCACCCCAUAUCAUUUGCCAUACUGGCGGGGGGUGAUGGGGGUUGGAGUCCAAGGACAGCUGCAGGGCCACAGGUUCCCCAACACCUUCAAUAUUUGUUCCUUGAAUGCCUUCAGGAUGCUUCCGCCCCACACGCAGCACCACAUCUAUUGCAAGAGACCGUUCCCCCCCUCCAAACUCUCUGCCUCUUGAGUCGAAGUAAACGUAUCUGAAUGACUUUUAGUUGAUUUAAUCAAUGGAUCUGGACCAUAAAGAAGGCUGAUCGCCGAAGAAUUGAUGCUUUUGAAUUAUGGUGCUGGAGGAGACUCUUGAGAGUCCCAUGGACUGCAAGAAGACCAAACCUAUCCAUUCUUAAGGAAAUCAGCCCUGAGUGCUCACGGGAUGGACAGAUCCUGAAGCUGAGGCUCCAAUACUUUGGCCACCUCAUGAGAAGAGAAGAAUCCUUGGAAAAGACCCUGAUGUUGGGAAAGAUUGAGGGCACUAGGAGAAGGGGACGACAGAGGACAAGAUGGUUGGACAGUGUUCUCGAAGCUACGAACAUGAGUUUGACCAAACUGCGGGAGGCAGUGCAAGACAGGAGUGCCUGGCGUGCUAUGGUCCAUGGGGUCACGAAGAGUCGGACACGACUAAAUGACUAAACAACAACAACAACAACAUGGGUGAAAGCAAUUGCCCUGAAGCAAGAAGCGGACCUUUACUGGCUUAAAAUCAUUUGUGUGUGGAUUCGUGUAGUGUGUAGCUACGGGUGGAUUUCUCCUUCCCCCACCCUCUUAGCUAGGGAGGAAUGCUCAAUUUUAAGGCAAUGCUGGCCACCUGCAGUUUUUAUAUAUUAAGAGAUGAGGAAACGGCAGUUGCUGUAUCUGUUGUAUGCCUUCUCUUUCCACGAGGCCUCGAUUCACCUUGCCACCUGCACAGCCCCUCCCCAACCAAAAAGCCUUGUUUGAAUAGCUGCUGCCUCUUCCCACAUUCCAUCUUUUAAGAUUCUUUCCAGAGCCAGGCAGCAUGGCUGCACCCAGCCUCCCUUGCUUAGCUCCUUACUCCAUAGCCCCAAAGAGUUCCAAGAAACUCAAAAGCUUCCUCUUUGCUUUGUGACAUGUUGCUUGACCUAAUAAUGGUAACCCCCUGCCCCCCCGGGUAUGGAUUCUAGAAAGUAUUAAAAAAUAUUGGGCGGUAUUCAGCUAAGUGUUGCUCACAAUAGACACCCUCUGAAAUUUACAAACCCGAGGCAGCAAUCUUCAUCACAUUUACCCAGGAAUUGGCCCCACUAAAUUCAAUAGGACUUACUUCUGAGUAGACCGGGUUAGGAUUGCACUGCUCGCUAUGUUCAUUAAGGUAAGUCCAGUGGAUCUGCUAUGAGUAAAAUGUCAUUGAAUACCACCCGUCACAUUUAUAUCUGCUGCUCAGUUAAUUAAGUGGUUUUUAUUGGUUUAGGCCUAAUCUGUUAUUUUUCAUCAAACUUGUUAUAUAAUGUCCACCACUCCUGUUUUUAGAUUGUCAUGGCCUAUGGUUAAAUGCAAUAAAUAUGGAACACAUACUUAAUUAUUAACUUUUUUUAGUGUGUUAAUCUAAUGGACUGACUAAACCCAGCAUCCCUAAAGGGCAGAAAUAUAAUUUGUUUGUUUUUUUUAAAAAAAGAAGAUUUACCCACUGCAUGGAUCCAUUCCAGGAGUAUUUGAAUUUCAAACUGAGAAAAGUCAAAGAAACUGUAACAACAGGGGCGUUAGAAACAGAGGUGUCCUCAUCUUUAUUAAGACAUUUUACGGAGGAAGGUCCCGGUUAGGUUAAGACAAGUUGAAGUGGGCACGGCUUUGGCUCUGGGGGGUAUAGUUUUCCUCCCCAGAUAAUAAUACUAAUAAAUAACAGGUUUGAUGUGUGUAUUGCUGGGUUACAAAAGUGUGUGGAUCAUCUGGGACCAGUGUAAGGUAAACUCCCCGGCCUGGGGGUGUUUGGGUGGAUUCCCCCCACAAAGCAAGGGUGGGAAAACCAGGGCUUAUUCCCCUUCCUUGUCCUCUCCGUGUGUGAUGACGUAGCAAA